AUGGACCUGAGACUUUUUAAUUUUAUAAUAUAUUAUUUUUUAAAAAUUAAUAUGAAAGUUUUGGUCAACUUCAAUUGCUGGGAUAUGGAAACUCAACUGGCUUUUUAUAAGCUGGCUGCUGAGAAUUCAUUCUACAUCGAUUCUGUUAAUAUCAAUAAUUCUCGCGCCAUACAAGGCAUUGAGUACCGUUUGAUUGGUAAAAGGCCAACUAUGGGCAUUUUUAUGGAUUUAAAUUGUAAAAGCUCCGAGGAACUCUUGGAUAUUGCCAGCAGGGAGCGCCUCUUUAACGAUCAUUUCUUUUGGCUAAUCUACGAUGAAAUGGCAAAUGUGACAUACUUUCGAGGGCUUUUCAAGCAACUAAACCUCGCUGUUGAUGCCGAGAUCUCCUAUGCAGUCUUAAACAACCCAGGGAGUGACUGGAAUGAGGGCACACUUGCGGUCUAUACACUCUACGACGUCUACAAUAACGGAUAUUAUUAUGGCGGUAAAUUGAAUAUGACGCUGGAUCGUGAGGUAAACUGCGAUGAAGAAGAGUGCAAAGUGAAUAAAUAUCUCUCGAAACUGCAUUUGAGAAAUAAGUACGGCAACAGAAAUCGGUUGCAUGACGCCACUUUACGCCUCACGGUGGUGGUUACCAAAGUGCCGAUCACUAGUCCGCCGGAGCAGAUCUUCACGUUUCUACGUACGGUUAAUAACACCAGUGAAGAUGCCAUACCACGUUUCGGCUUUCAAGCGCUGUCCAUAUUAGUGCACAUCUUGGGCUGCAAAACCAAUCACACCUUUGUCAAUCGUUGGACGAUCAAUGAAACACACGGCGGCCUCAUAGGCGCCUUAGCCGUUCAGAGUGCUGAUCUCAUAUCCACACCCUUCAUACCGACACCGCCGCGCAUGGAGUUCUUCACUAUCAUUGCUGAGACGUCUUCAUUUCGUUCGAUUUGUCUUUUCCGUACGCCACGCAAUUCGGGCAUACAGGGUGAUGUUUUCUUGAAACCCUUCAACACCACCGUUUGGUCACUCUUUGCGCUGCUACUACUCCUGACAGCUGUAGUUUUGUGGAGUAUCUUUCGGCUGGAGCGUUAUCGCAUGAAAAAACGUUAUAUCGAUUAUAUGCAGUAUAUGCCGUCGAUUUUGGCCACAUUUCUCAUCUCAUUCGGCUCGGCUUGUGCACAGGGCAGUGAUAUGGUGCCGGGUUCCAUUGGUGGUCGCAUGGUGUUCUUUACUUUGUAUUUGCUUACAUUUCUCAUGUACAAUUAUUACACGUCGAUUGUUGUGUCGUCCUUGCUCGGUUCGCCCGUGAAGUCGGAUAUCAAGACAAUGGGUCAGUUGGCUGACAGUUCGCUGGAAGUGGGUUUAGAGCCGUUGCCGUUCACGUUGACCUAUUUGAAUAAUUCUCUCUUACCGGAGGUACGUCGAUUUAAGCGCAAAAUAGACUCAACACCUAAUCCACAAGCGAUUUGGAUGCCGCUGGAGAAAGGCAUAUUACGCGUGCGUGAUCAACCUGGUUUCGUUUUCGGUUCUGAAGCAUCCCCGGUCUUCUUGCUGGUCAAACGCUAUUAUAAACCAUAUGAAAUCUGUGAUUUGAAUGAGAUACUAUUUCGACCAGAAAAAAGUCUCUAUACGGGCGUGCAUAAGAAUUCGAGUUUCAAGGAGGUGACCAAACAGAGAGUCAUACGCAUUCUGGAGACCGGUGUUCAAUUGAAACUCCACCGUUACUGGGUCCAAAGCACUUUGGAGUGUUUUGAUAGUAAUUUCAUUGUUGAAGUUGGCAUGGAAUAUAUGGCACCGCUCUUUAUGCUCUUAGCUUGUACUUAUCUUUUGGUUCUACUCAUUUUACUUUGCGAGAUUUUGCAUAAGAAAUAUUGGACUGAUCGUAAGAUGAGAUUGGAGAGUGUGUUAUUUGGCAGGAAUUGGCAUAAUGAGUGAAG